UGGUAUUUCACUCAGACUGCAAAGCACACAAUGACAGAGACCGUCCGGUAGAGCAACAUGACAUAUUCUGGAUAUUUUAUAUGGAUUUUCUUCUCCUCGUGGGGAAUAAUCGCCGGCAGUGUGAGGACUCUACCUCAUGUGAUGAAGUACCAAACAGUGAUACCUCAAAAGCUGAAGGAUUCAUCUCUCAUUAAUGAUGUUGGUACACAUCAGACAUACCCUGAUAUAGUCAAGUACUCUUUGACAAUUGCAGGACAAAACUACACGCUGCACCUGGAAAAGAACAAAGAUCUGGUCGGGAAAAACUUUUCUGUGACACACUACUCUGAUCAGGGCACCCAGGUCACAACUACUCCUGAUCUUAGGGUUCACUGCUACUACCAUGGGCACAUUGUGGGAGUGGAGGACUCCUCUGUCAGCGUGGGACUGUGCUCAGGAAUAAAGGGGUUUUUGCAUCUCCAGGACCAAAUUUACCUAAUUGAACCUCUGGCCGGCGCUGAGGCGGUACAUCAGGAUGACAGACAGAGCUCUGAAGCUCACAGUGACGGGGGUCUUCAUGCUGUUUACAACUACAAACACCUGAGGAGGAAGAGGAGCUCCUGUUCCCAUGGAAACACGACCACUUUCUAUGAUCACGGAGCUCGUCCGUCUGGACUGUUCCAGCUCGGCAGUCUGAAAAGCAGAGCCCAGACCAAAAGCCACACAGGGAAACCCAGGACAGUGGAGCUGGUUGUGGUGGUCGACCAAGCGGAGUAUAAGAAGUUUGGCAGUAAGAGGACAAUAGAGGCCAGGGUGCUUGAAAUAGCAAACCACGUGGACAAGCUGUAUCGUCCCGUGGGUGUUCGUGUGAUGCUGGUGGGUCUGGAUAUCUGGUCAUACAAAGAUCAAAUAGAGGUCAGCACUAACGCUGAGGUCACCCUCGGUCGCUUCCUCGAGUGGCGUCAGCGGAACCUGCUGCCGAGGACCAAACACGACAACGCACAGUUCAUCACAGGUGUGGAUUUUGAUGGUUCUACUGUCGGCCUAGCCAAUACCAAUGCAAUGUGCACCUCAAACUCUGGAGCUGUCAAUGAGGACCAUAACAAAAACUCAAUAGGAGUGGCCUCUACUAUUGCACACGAGAUGGGUCACAACCUGGGACUGUCCCAUGACACUGAAACCUGUGUCUGCGGCUCCAUUACAUCGAAAAGAGGCUGCAUCAUGGCAGAGAGUGUUGGACUUGAGUAUCCAGCACUUUUCAGCAGCUGCAGUCAGCAGCAGCUCAGCCGGUUCUUGGAGGAAGUCAACCCUGCCUGUCUGCUGAAUACUCCCUCUGCUGAUCGCGUCUACGGAGGGCCAGUGUGUGGAAAUGCCUUCUUGGAGCCUGGAGAGGAGUGUGAUUGUGGCACCGUAGAGGAAUGCAAGAAUCAAUGCUGCAAUGCAACUACCUGCAAACUUGCUGCAGGAGCGCAGUGUGCAGAGGGAGAGUGCUGCCAUAACUGCCAACUGAAACCGACGGGCAGCGCCUGCCGACAAAAGACAGGAGACUGUGACCUCCCAGAGUACUGCACUGGUUUCUCCGCCUCCUGUCCGACUGACGCCUACACCCAAAACGGCCUGCCCUGCAACCACGGGAAAGGAUACUGCUACAAUGGACAGUGUCCUUCACGGCAGGAACACUGCAAGAGACUUUGGGGGCCAGAUGCUGAAGUAGCUGCAGAAGCUUGUUUCUCCAAGUAUGGAAACUGCAGAAAGACACCGUUCAACCAGAGAUGUUCCAGCCGAGAUCAAUCCUGCGGGACACUUUUCUGCUCUGGAGGCUGGGAGUUUCCAGUGACAUCCAGGAAGUCCUUCUACAAAGUAAGAAGUGGAGACAUAUGCAAUGAGGCAACUAUGAUCCCCGAAGAUAACUACCCUGCAGAUCUGGGCAUGGUGCCUACUGGUACCAAGUGUGCCAACAAUAUGGUAUGCUACAAUCAACGGUGUGAAGACAUGAAAAACAUAAAAGCGUAUGGGACAAAUGACUGCACUGCCAAAUGCAACAGCCACGGGGUUUGUAACCAUGAGAACAAGUGUCACUGCGACCCCGGCUGGGCCCCUCCGUUCUGUGAUGAGCAUCUGUCAGAGUUGCCUGAAGAGGCAGGUGUGUUGGUGUUUAUUGUGUCAUUGGUGGUUGGCUUACUGCUGCUGUUGGUCCUGGUUAUCGGGAGUUUGAUGUGCUGCAUCAAAAGAAGACGACCUGCAAAAAGAUGCCUCCAAUCUACCUCAGGACAAUCCAACCCGUUGUUUCAUUCCAGCGGUGCACGAGACAGCCCUCGUCUCGGGUCCACACACAUCAGCCAGCCUAUAUUUAUGGAGUCUUCUGCCUCUCAAGUCUGUAAACCUCUGUCCUCUGCUACUGCCAGACCCCACACCGGAGGACUGAAGCCCAGCAGAGCAGCUCCAGAGCCACCUAAGAAAUUACCUGCGGUACCUCAGCCAUCGAGGAUUCAACAGGCUGUAAGGACGUUCACACAGGCACCAACUGUUUCAAGCAAGCCAAUCUAUACUGAGGAUAAGCCACGACCUCCAUCCAGACCUCUGCCACCACUUGCAACAAAGCCAAUCAUGAAGCCAAAGCCUCCGAUGCCUCCAGUGAAGCCGAAGCCCUCUGCAGUCCAGUCUCCACUGCCACACACUCAGCUGCUUGCAGGGAGAUCUGCCCUGAUGCCCCCCAGCAGGCCAAGAUGACAGAGGGAAUAAUUCAGCCUGGUGUAAACACUGAUAUCCUCUGACAGAGGACAUUGUUGUUGUCCCACCUUGAAGGACCUAGAAAUCCUCGGAGGAGACGCUCGUCUGUUUUAAAGUCGAAACAAGAUCCACUGAAGGAUCAGCAACAAUAAAUGACAGAGCUUUUCUGUCAAUUAUGGUGUCCCUGAGGAUUACCGCCGUCUGUGUCGUGCUUAUGUAAGCCUUCAGUAUGUUAAUGAAAACCUGAAGCCGUGAUUGACAGACUCAACGUCUGUGCUUUAUAAAUGACAAAUGGCUAUGCCGCCAUGAUGAUGGUUUUUUUUGUUGUUGUUGCUUUUUUAAGGGAAAUGUCUCUGCCUUGAUCCUUGGAUAUGUGAAAAUUUUUAUGAGUCAAUUGCACUAUCAAUGCUGUAACUGUUUUACUAACAGUUCAUGUUCCCUGGCAUGGUUUUGGUACUGCUUUUCUAAGAAAUAACGUUGUUAAGGGAUUUUAAAAUGUUGCACCAACUGUGGGCACUUUACUUUUUUUUUUUUUUUUAUCCAGUUAUGACUAUUUCUUGAAAUUGUUUUUGUACUAACUUAGGUAUGCUUGACUUUGUGAGACUGAAGUAUUAACAUUACAUGCAGCUGUUUUGUUUUGUGCGUUGACUUGAUCCAUGUUGAUUGUAAUUCUUUAAGGGAUUUUAUAUUGCAUAUAGUCUAUGCAGCAGACAUGAUCACACACACAGUCCUUCACUUAUUAACGCCAAUGAGUGUGGUCUCUCCUUAGGGUGAGGAGGAUUCUGCCUUGAUUUGUCCUGCAAAAUGUAUAUUUGAACCGUUCCUAUUUAUUGAGAUCUAAUGUUUGUCUGUGACAUGGAGCUUACAAUAAAGGUGAAUCAACAACA